AUGGCUAGCCAUCUCGUCGUCCUUCUCCUCGGUAUCCACGGAGUCCUCGCCUCUGAAGGCCCUGUUGUAGAUCUUGGGUAUGCGGUUUACCAGGGAUCUUUGCAAGAGGGAUCUUCAGUUCUGUACAAUUUCUCCAACAUCAGAUUCGGUGAACCGCCGAUAGGUGAUCUUCGAUUCGCGAAACCUGUUGCUCCUAAAGGACGUAACGUGACAGUAGACAAAGGAGAAGUUGGCCGAAUUUGUCCCCAAGCGAUGGCCGCUUGGGAAGUAUACACUUCGUUCACAGGACCAGACUUUCUAAGUGGCAAGGUCUCAACUCUGACCGAAAAACAAAAACACGCACUCAAGGAGCCCUCAGAUCUGAAGAUACCGAUAGAUCCCAGGGAGACAGAAGAUUGUCUCUUUCUCGAUGUUAUCACGCCCUUUGAGACUUUCGAAAACUCAGCGAAGAGAUUGGCACCGGUAAUAUUCUGGCUUUCAGGAGGUGGAUAUACUACUGGUGAGAAGGGCUGGUUCGACCCCGCGGGUCUCAUCAAAGCGAGUUAUCCGUCGAGUCCGGAAGGCUUGGUCUUUGUUUCUGCAAACUAUCGACUUGGUGCUCUUGGAUGGCUUGCUGGAUCGAAGCUGGACCCCGAGAUGAUGGUAUCUAAUGCGGCACUUUACGACCAGCGACUGGCACUUGAAUGGAUCCAAGAGAACAUUCAUCAGUUCGGUGGCGAUCCAACUCGUGUGACCAUCAUGGGCGAGUCAGCUGGAGGUGCCAGUAUUUAUCAUCAUCUGACUGCCUUUGGAGGCAAAGAUGAGAAAACACUCUUCCAGAGGGCGAUCCUUCAGAGCACUGGCUGGGUUCAUAUCGCGGAUGACAAACUCGAAAAUGAUGUUAUCGACAGGUUCCUCGCUCUUGCAAAGGUUUCGGAUCUGGAAGCGGCUAGGAAACUGUCAACUGAAGAGGUUCAAAAGGCUAACCGGCUUCUGAUCUCAAACUCUGCUUGGGGAACAAGUACUGCAGGUCCAUUUGUGGAUGGGCUGUACGCCCCAGAGAACCCGGAUAAGCUGUUUGAAGAAGGGAGGCAUAUCAAGAAUGUGGAUCUGUUGAUUGGCUUCAACGAAGAUGAAGGCCUGAUCUUCACAUCUCCAGAGUCAAGUGACGAUGCUGGGUACCGCAAGUUUCUGGAGUCAACAUACUCGAACGCCAGCCCUGAAACACUUGAACAUAUUGAGAAAACGCUCUACCCACCAGUGUUUGACGGAAGCCACGGGUACACCAACCAAACGGAUCGUGCCUCCAUCACAAAGGCUGAGUCAGAGUUCACUUGUAAGUACGGGUUCCUGCAGGCCGCGUACGGCAGCAGAGCCAAGAGCUACCGUUUCAACGUCUACCCCGGCCUUCACGGCAGCGAGAUGCACUAUACCUUCUACAACGGUCCGGAUCGGAAUCCAGAGGUCGAUGAAGCUAUUGCUGUUGGAUUCCAAGAGCUUCUGACGAGCUUCGCGGCGACAGGAAACGCGACUUCGCUGGCCGCUCCUCAGGGGGUACCAGUGUACGGGGAUGAGAGGCUUAUGCUUUAUAUCGGUAACGGGGGCUUCGGUAUUGCGACGGAUGAGACUGUCCCAGAGCGCUGCAAGUUCUGGCAGAGUGGGAUUUAUCUGUGA